AUGCUCUCCAAAAUCAAGUCCAUGGCGACACCGACCAAGUCACACAGAACGCACAAGCGGCGUCCGGCAAUCUCAGCGCCGAUCCCGAUCCCGACCUGCCUGCAGCCGCAGCCCGUGACGCAGGAAGACGCCUGGGCGACCCUGCGCGCCGCGUACGAGGCGAAAGCGGCGCGAUCACCCGCAAGCUCUAUCUCCUCGGCGCCGUCUAGUUGUUACUCGGGCGACUCGCACGACUCGCGCCACUCGCGCGAGAGUUCCGGGUCGUCCCUCGAACCGACUACUUCUUGUCGCCGGCCACACCGUCAUCGACCGAGCGUGCGGCGUGUUCAGAUGGCAGAGAAGGAGGGGAAAGACGCCGAUAUCGAGGCUAUACCGACACCCACAGCACAGCACGCUCGCUCCACCUCGGCUACGUCUUGGCAGGUGCUGCACGAGCUCAUCGACGACUCGUGCGAGGACGACGCCGCUUCGAUCGUCUCGCACACUUCCAUCGUGACCGACUACGAGGAGGGACAGUACUCGAUCAAACGGGCUGAGGUCGUCUCUCUGUGA